GCCAGCAGCACGGAGUCCUUGAUUGCUUGUGAGCAUCAGUGGACGACGAUACUCCAAGACAUGAUCUUUGUGCCUACAGAAGCGCAGGCAGACCCGACACUGGCGGAGGCAGAGAGAAGUAACCUGGCUAACUUGCUGCUGGGCAUGAUGAGAGGUAUUAUGUGGAAUAAUACACUUCUGCAGUCACAUCAGCGCACGGACGCGACGCAGCGACAAACAUACAAGAAUGAUAUGACUACGUUAACAACUGCUAUCCGCACAGAGGCAAUGCAGCAGCAGCAACAGCAUCAACUGUUGAAUUCCACUAUCAUACGCGUCAACAGCAUAGAGGCUAGCGCCUCAGCAGCGCCAGGCUGCACAACAGACGUGACGAAACAACUCAACGAGCGCAUCGAUCACGUCGUCACCAUCAUCGGCGACAUAAGUACUUUCAACGGACCAGACUCGAUCAGCAGCACUGUGGCCGCCAUCAAGACGGACAUCACCAAGAUACAGACGAGACCGGAAGCCGCUACAAAGACGUUCAAGAUGCCGAACUUCGACAUCAGCAAGUUCGACGAUUACAACAAGUCGGACGCCUUGUCAUGUUGGCAACGCUUCCUCACGGAAGCAUCAUGCCGCAUGGUCCCGGCUGACGACAUGUUGAAGGCAGUAUAUCUGCAGCUGAUUUGAGGAGCGCAGGGAUGGAUGAAACACCUAGCGGCUACACACAAGUGCACUAUCGCCGAACUCCACACGCACAUUACGUGGAAGGAGUUCGAGCAGCUAUGGUUCACCCGGUUCAUGGUCCGCAACGUCGUGAAGGCGGCCAUGAA